AUGGCUCUGGCAGCUCCUCGGGCAGUUGGGAGAUCCUGUGGCCACGCUCAGGCAAGGGAAGCAGUUCUGCCAUCACAAGAGGGCCUGUGGGCCAUGCCUAAAUUGUACAGGUCCGUAAUUGAAGAUGUCAUCAAUGAUGUCAGAGAAGUUUUUCUGGAUGAAGGAGUGGAUGAACAAGUUCUUAUGGAACUCAAAACACUGUGGGAGAACAAGCUGAUGCAAUCCAAGGCUGUAGAUGGCUUCCACUCAGAAGAGCAGCAACUUCUGCUGCAGGUGCAACAGCAGCAGCAGCAACAGCAGCAGCAACAGCAUCACCACCACCACCAUCACACACAACCUCAGCCGCAGCAGACUGUGCAGCAGCAGUCUCAGCCCCAACAAGUCCUUAUUCCAGCAUCUCAGCAAGCACCUCAGCAGCAGGUUAUUGUGCCAGAUUCCAAGCUGAUACCACACAUGAAUGCAUCGGGCAUG